ACAAUAAAAAAUCAAACUCUUGGGACUUCCGGGCGGCUCCGGACCGCCAUGGCCUUUACCCUGUAUUCACUGCUGCAGGCAGCCCUGCUGUGCGUUAACGCCAUCGCUGUGCUGCACGAAGAGCGAUUCCUCAAGAACAUUGGCUGGGGAACAGACCAGGGAAUUGGUGGAUUCGGAGAGGAGCCGGGAAUUAAAUCACAGCUAAUGAACCUUAUUCGAUCUGUAAGAACCGUGAUGAGAGUGCCAUUGAUAAUAGUAAACUCAAUUGCAAUUGUGUUACUUUUAUUAUUUGGUUGAAUGUCAGAGGAAGAAAUGGAGACUCAGAAGAAGACAUGCCAGUAGAAGUUAUUACUUCGGUCAUUAUUGGAAUAUUUAUAUCACUAGCUCACCUUGCACUUGUCAAAAAUGUAAAGCUGAAAAUAAAACCAGAGUUUCUAUUUAUCUGGUUUUUUUUUUUUUUUUCAACGUUGCAGUUAUGGUUUCAUUACCAAAAGAUCAGCUCAUGAGAGGCAGUAACUCUCCAGGACUGGAAUAUCUGAUUGCUCACUGUUAAUAGUAGUUCAUGCUGUGGUGAGAUUGUUAAAAGAGUGCAAGACCAUUGCUUCUUUUUUUUUUUUUUUUAAGAUAUUUUUCUAUCUCUCACUUCUCAGGGAUGAAUUUUGUUUUCAAAGUUUUGAAGUUCCUUGCAACUUAGCUAGGAUGUGAGUGGUUAUUCCAAGAUAAAAUUUAAAAUAUUUUUUAAAAGUAAUUACUGCACAUAAAAUGAAAAAUAGGUAAUUUGAAUAAUUUUAUUUUAAACUCCUUGGUUAUUUUGUCUAUAUGUUGUCUCACCUAUAAAUUCAAAUUUAUAGAUACUAUUGAGUAUUAAUACUCUCUGAUUUCAGGGAGAAUUCUGUUAGUUAGUCACAUGAUGAUUAUGUUUUUGUUUAACAUUCUUUCCAUGCAUUUGUUAUUUUAUUAAUUGGCCUGAAUGAUGAGACAAGACCACUAUCUACAGAUUUUCAUUGUCAGAAAAAUCUAUAAGUCUGCCCUUUUUACAGUGCUUUUUUAUUUAUGCUUUAAAAAAAAAAAAAAA